CUAAUAAUAAUCAAAUUAAACAUGCCUGUUGGACAUACUUUGGAAAGAAAUCUUAGUUACGGAUCUAUUCAUUCGCUUGUCGGUGUGCUAUCUGUAAUAUUAGCCGUGAUGCAACCUUUUGGAUCUUUAUUGCGUUGUGCGCCAGACAAUAGGUAUAGGCCAAUUUUUAAUUGGUCACACCUAAUCGCUGUGAUAUUUUUCAAAACUUUUAUAAAUCAUCGCUUUGUUGCGUGUUUACUGCUCGCAUUAUAUAUAGCAACAAUCGUAAUUUUUAUUACUGCUUCGGAGGUACUGCUAUGUUUUUAA